GAUAUAGACAUGGAUAUAAUGACAAUUAUUAUUGUAGAGAGAAAGUAAAUGAAAAUAAUUUAAUAAAUUUAAUUUUACAUUUAAUAUUUUUCUUAAUCAAUAUCAAAUAAACUAAAACGACACUUAUUUUAGCACUAAAACAAAGUAAACAAGCAAAGUUGAUCCAACUGAAAACUCUUCCAACAAAAAUAUCUUGUCUUAAAGUCUUAUUUUUCUCUUUAGUUCCAACUUUUUCUCUUUUUCAUUUUCGCAAACAGUUGGUGUGCACACACAAAACAAAACUCUACAAAUCUCUUCUUUUUUUGUUGCAUAUUGGUAUUUAACAAUGGCGGAUCGAGAGAGAAAAUUGAUGAAGGAAGGUGUAUUAACUUAUGCAUAUAUACUUCUCUAUAUUGCCCUCUCUAGUGGUCAGAUCUUCUUCAACAAGUGGGUUUUGUCAUCUAAAGAAAUAAACUUCCCGUAUCCUCUUGCGCUGACGCUACUUCACAUGGUCUUCUCCUCAGUACUAUGUUUUGUGCUUACCAAAGUUUUCAAGAUAAUGAAGGUUGAAGAAGGAAUGACUCUAGACAUAUACAUUAGCUCGGUCAUUCCAAUUGGUGCUAUGUUUGCUAUGACUCUUUGGCUUGGAAACACCGCUUAUCUUUAUAUUUCUGUUUCAUUUGCUCAGAUGUUGAAAGCAAUCAUGCCCGUAGCUGUUUUCAUCCUUGGAGUUGUAGCUGGACUUGAAAUGAUGAGCUGCAAGAUGCUUCUCAUAAUGUCUGUAAUCAGUUUUGGCGUAUUAGUAGCUUCUUAUGGAGAAAUAAGCAUUAACUGGGUUGGUGUCAUCUACCAAAUGGGAGGCGUUGUUGGAGAAGCGUUGAGGCUUAUAUUUAUGGAGAUUCUGGUAAAACGGAAGGGCCUCAAGCUAAACCCCAUAUCUGUCAUGUACUACGUUAGUCCAUGCAGCGCUCUUUGCCUUUUAGUUCCAUGGAUCUUUUUGGAGAAACCAAAGAUGGACGAACAACUAACAUGGAGCUUUCACCCUAUUGCUCUAAGUCUAAAUUGUAUAUGUACCUUUGCCUUGAAUCUCUCAGUUUUCUUGGUGAUCUCACAUACAAGUGCCCUAACCAUUCGUGUCGCUGGAGUUGUCAAAGAUUGGGUGGUUGUACUGCUAUCUGCACUACUUUUUGCUGAUACGAAGCUGACACUAAUUAAUCUUUGUGGUUAUGCUAUCGCUAUCGCAGGUGUAGCUGCAUAUAACAGCCACAAGCUAAAAAAGGAAGCUUCUCGAGUAAGCUCAAACGAGUCUCAAGCUGCUGAAUCUAUACCUUUAGUAUCACCUUCAGCGUCCAAUGCGUAGAUCUUGUAUGUAAAGUAGCAGAAAAGUCGACAAAUUCCAGUAUGCUUAUUGUUCCUCCCGGUAAGGAGGGGUUGUUUCAUUCUUAAAAUUUGAUGCAUUAUUGAGUACUGCUUUGUAUUGUUGCAUUAGAAAGUGAUAUUCACGUCAGGAACUUGUCUGUGGACACGACAUUCUCUGGUUGUUUCUGCCGCUUUUGAAUUUGAGACAUCGGAGCUCAAGAAAGAGGAACUGUUAUAAUGUUGUAUUUGAACGCGAAAUGGUUGGGACACUGACAUUCUUUUGGUUGGAACAUAGACAUCGAUGACUGUUAAGACUCUUGAUAUGUUAAAAACAGAUUUCAGAUGUAUUAAAAGUGUAUAGCUGUUGUUGGAA